AUGCAUCUCGUACUCCGAGUUGAACCGCACAUGGGCCUUGAGGCGGCCCAUUCUAGCAGAAGCCCACAUGGGCCCGCUCGUGUGACCAGUAUAUCUCUUGCAACGGACCCUCUGGACAAACCUCGGUUGCUCCGAAAGGCCUCGGUAGUUUCGAGUUCAGUUCAAGCUUUCAUCUUUUUUUUGGUUCCCAUGUCAACGCCCGUCAAACUACGCGUGUCCCCCAGGCUGAGGAGCCGCGCUUCCUCCCCGCCGGCGGCCUCCGCCCGGAGCGACGACCGCCGCUCGCCCGCCGGCGAGCAGCAGCAGCAGAAGCCCAGGCCCGACAGGCUCUUCUCCGAGGAGGACGAGAUCCGGCUCCUGAAAUCCCUCUCCAAGCUCACCAACAACCCCUCCUCCUCGUCGUCCCCCACCGCCGCCGGCGCCGCCGCGGACGCCCCGACCCUCGGCCGCAUCGAGAAGUCCCUCGGGCCCAACUUCACCCGCGCCCAGGUCGCCAACAAGAUCCGGCGGCUCCGGGACAAGUACCACCGGCAGGCGCGGACCAAGGCCCUCGUGAGGACCCCGCACGACCGGGCGGUGUUCGAGCUCGCCCGGAACGUGUGGGGCAGGAGGAACUCGGGGAAGCAGAGGAGAGGCAAGGAGGAGGAAAAGCAGCAAGCGAAUUUGGACGAGGAGAGAGAGAAGGACGAGGGGGAGAUCCUGGGCGGCGAGGAGGAGAGCCAAAGGGUGGUCGUCGCCGAUCUGGGGAACUUCCCGGCGCUGGUGGAGGAGUGCGAGAGGUGCUUCCCCGGGAACGGGGUGUGGAGGGAAGGGCUCAAGAGGUUGGAGGAGGGGAGGCUGAGGAUGGUGAACGAGAGGGUCGUCUGGUUGCGGCUGGAGGAGGCGACACUGAUGGCCAAGAAGGCCGAGUUGACUCAGGACCUCACUCGGAUGAUCCUCGACUCUGUUGUGGCCUCUUCUUCUUCCCAGGCUCCCACCGCUUGACCGUUCGCAGUGCAUCGUUCUGGCUUUCUCUUGAUCUUCUCCCCUUUUUUUCUUUUGGGCCCUUUUUGCCUUUGUAGUUUGCUGACAGAAUUGGAUAGUAUGGCUUGCACUGUACUGUAGUGUCGUGCGUGAUCUGAUCUACUUAACUCAAGCUGUACAUGCUGAUCGCGUGUCGAGAGGAUUGCAUUACAGAUUCUUGAGGCAAUAAGGAAGCUGCAUGCGUAAACAGUAAA